AUGGGAAAAUCGUCAAAAGACAAACGCGACGCCUACUACCGUCUUGCCAAAGAGCAAGGUUGGCGAGCCCGCAGUGCAUUCAAACUUCUACAACUGGACGAGGAAUUCAAUCUUUUCGAAGGAGUCACUCGUGUAGUCGACCUUUGCGCCGCACCUGGAAGUUGGAGUCAAGUCUUGUCUCGCGUUUUGAUCAAGGGCGAAAAGAUUGGACGCGCUGGCUGGGAGGACAAACAAGCUAGAGAAAAGCUUGAACAACAUGGCCAAACUACCACAUCGAUUUCUGGACAAAGUCAUGAACUGGAGGCAAAGCAAAAACUUCAGCCGAGAGAAAACGUCAAGAUUGUGGCAAUUGAUUUACAACCAAUGUCACCCCUGGAAGGCAUUAUCACUAUGCGCGCAGACAUUACACAUCCAUCGACCAUCCCUCUGUUACUCAAGGCCCUGGACCCGGAGACUUUCGACCCAAGCUCUGUUCAAUCGUCUCACCCCGUGGACCUGGUCAUCUCGGAUGGCGCACCCGACGUGACUGGUCUUCACGAUCUCGACACAUACGUGCAAUCACAACUGAUCUGGGCAGCACUAAAUCUUGCUCUUUGCGUCCUAAAACCUGGCGGUAAAUUUGUGGCCAAGAUCUUCCGCGGCAAGGAUGUGGAUCUUCUUUACGCGCAACUCAAGAUUGUCUUUGAGCGAGUGCGUGUAGCCAAGCCCAGGAGUAGUCGUGCGAGUAGUGUGGAGGCAUUCGUUGUGUGCACAGGAUUCCGCCCUCCGAACGGCUUCAAGGCCAGUCUGGAGAACCCUCUCGGUGCAGGUAUGCAACUGCAAGUACCGGAGCAUAUGAAAGCCGAGAAGACUCAGCCAUCACGCACGCUCAGAUCAGAUGGCAUCACGGAGCUAGAGCUGGGUUCUGAAGACGAAGAAGAGAGCAAGGAUAUCAGAUGGAUCGCACCAUUCUUGGCCUGUGGAGAUCUGUCAGCUUACGAUGCAGACGCUUCAUAUCAUCUGCCGAAGGAUCACGUUGUGCUGGACCCUGUGCAACCGCCAACUGCACCACCAUACAGAAAGGCUUUAGAGAUGCGCAAGACAGCUGGCGGGGCUUAUGGUAAAACGAAGCUGGGUUGA